AUGGGCUAUAUAAGGAGUUCGAAUCAGCCUCAUUCGAACCAUUCUCACCUUCCCCCUGCCCCACCAAAUCUCAGAGAAAACGACCCAGAUUCUCUCCGCGAAGGAACUGAACGCAAUACUCUGCUCAUGGGGGACGAUCCGGCGCGGUUAUAUCGCUUGGACGGAGUCGCCCAUAUAGCUGGGGUCAUCAACGAAGAGCCUCAGCGAUGCAUCAGGAGCAUGCGGCGGCAGCAGGGCAUGGUCCUGGAUGACAGAUACGUUCCGUACCUGCAGAUGGCUGGUCUUUACCAUCUUGCAAGGCUGAACGAUAGAUGGUUCCGGUUGGACGAGGCCCUUGUCAGUGCGUUUGUAAAGCGAUGGCGUCCGGAGACUCACACGUUUCAUAUGCCGUUCGGAGAGUGCACUAUCACACUGCAGGACGUGGCAUACCAGCUGGGUUUGCCAGUGGACGGGCGUUACGUCAGCGGCUGCCUAUCAGAGUUCCAUAUAUACAUCGAGGGUGGCCGUCCAGCCUGGGUUUGGUUCGAGGAGUUGCUUGGAGUGGUACCUCCUCCUAGCCAGGUUCAGAAGUACGCGGUCAACUGCAGCUGGUUUCAGGAGACGUUUGGUGAGUGCCCGGAGGGAGCUGAUGAGGAUACUGUGCGUCGUUAUGCCCGUGCGUACAUCAUGAUGUUGUUGGGCACGCAGCUUUUUGCGGACAAGUCGGGCAACCAGGUUCACAUCAGAUGGCUUCCGUUUGUAGUUAGACUGGAGGACAUGGGGACCUACUCAGAUGGCUUCCGUUUGGCCGAUUCGGAUCUGCCUCGUCCAUGUUCGUCCGUAUCCUAG